UAAUGAAUGAAACACUCGACGACCUUCAGUAAAGCCGAUCAGAUCAGCGGGUUCAGAUCGAGUGCUUCCUUUCACCUUUGCUUCACUGCCGGUGAUAGAUGGUUAAAGGCAGGAUAAAACAUAUCUUGCUGUUUAUGAAGAGGUAUCAAUGUCAUGUCAGUCCGUCACCUUGACGGAAUUUUCAUAUUGACAAGAGCUGGACCUGGAUGCGCCAUUUGCCAGUCACUCAUCAAAAUUUACAUGGCAUGACAAGAUUUGGACAGGAGCUGCAUUCAUCAGCCCGAAUGAGACCUUCGAUCGCUCCAGUUCAGAUAGCCGGUCCUUGAUUGUGAUCAGUCUCAUUAAUUUUGACAUCGAUGGAAGUUACACGUGCAUUGCUUCGAGCAAAGCGGAGCCGAAGUAUUAAGUUCAUCAGAAGCAACGAUGGAAGAGUCAACUAUACUUGGUACUGUGAACCGUGAGCCAGCGCUUGCUACCAUGGCACGGAAGUCUUUAUAUAUGCUUAUCGUCAUCACCAUACUGCAGUUGAGCUCAGGUCAAGCCCGUGCUCGAGCCAGAUGUUUGCACAUCCAGAUGAAAAAAUCAGCCUGGGAAAUAUCAGAGCAGGAUGGAAUUUCCAAGUUUCAGCCAGAGCGAGAUGUCGAAGAAAUGCAGACUAAACAGUCUAAACUGCAGGAGGAGCUAGUGACGAGGAACUUGUUCUUGACAAGUCCGAAUGAGUUUUUAUCGGACGAUCAAACCCAAACCAGCGCUCAGUUGGACGCUUCUCAAAUUCUAAGCCUUCCGAGUCCCACCGGUAUGUAUGAUUAUCCCGGUUCGAAUCCAUCGCCGGAGCUAGUGAAUCCCCCAGAAUCAACGGGCUGAUUCAGUACAGUGGCAAUCUCUCACAAAGGAAAAGAACACCGGGAACAAGAUGUCAGCAGUUCAAGAGAACUGCGCGGAAAGGGAAAGCGUGAAGUUCGUACCUGGUUCAGGCCAGUAAUCGAUCGAUGAACAUCACUUUGUUCCUUUGUAAAAUUAUUCACUUAUGCAAAUCGUGUUCAUGAGAAAGUUGACGCUGCUACGAUCGUUGUCUGCACCUGCAUAAGAUCGACUUUUACAUUGCUUUAAGCCCUUCUGAAUAACAUUG